AUGUUUUAUGAAGGAAUUACAUCCAUUGUACAUAGUGGUAUAUGAUAUUGCUAUUUAAGAAUUUUAUAUAAAAAGUGGAAAUGGUCCUUCUAUUUAAAGGAACAUUUUUGAAAAUGUUGAUUAUGAUGAUUAUGAGAAAUAAUAAAUUGAAGAAAUUAAAACGAAAAUGAAGGAAAAAGGUUUGUAAAUAAAAUUAAAAAGAAGUAUAUUAUUAAAAAUGUUGAUGAAUUCUCAAUAUAAUAUUGAAAAAGCAAUUAUUGUAUGAUAUUUUUUAUACUAAAAACACUUUAGAAUUGCUAAUCUCAUUUAAAUUUUCUAUAAGAAUACUAAAAACAAGAUUAUAUUAAUGAUUUAAGGAAAGGGUAUCUAUAUGUUUGUGGAUUUGACAAUUAAUUUCGUCCUGUCAUAGUGAUUAGAGAAUAUUGCGAUAUAAAAAUAAUUGCUUACUUUUUAGAAACAGUUAAAAGACAAUUAUUAAUUGAUUAUUAUGUUGAAAAUUGGACAGUUAUUUUAGAUUUAGAUAAUGAUUUACCAGUUUUAGAACUUGAUGAUUUAAUGUUUUUGUAAUUGCAUUUUUAUGGAAACUUAAAUAAAAUUUUAAUAGUUAAUGGGCCAGAUGAUAUAGAUGACAUUGUUAAAUAGUUUACUGGUAUUCAUAAUCUUAAUUAAAAUUGUAGAAAAAAUAAAAGAUUUAUAAGUUAAAAUAAAAAUAAUUACAGAAUAUUAACAAAUAUUACAAUAUAUACCAAAAGAAUAAUUAGAAAUCAAAUAUGGGGGUGAUUUAAAUAAUAUAGAAUUAUUUUGGUAAAAUGAAUAAAUUUAAUAUAGGCCAAUCUUAAAAAGAGAAACUCAUACUGGUACAAGUAAGUUAUUAAAAAAGAAUUCUCAUUUAUCAAUAAAUUCUAUGGGUAGUUCAAUAAAUAAAAAACCAAGUUUCAUGAAAAUAACUGUAUUAGAAGAAAAUGGAAAUCCUUUAUUAAAUUAAUAAGUGGAAGUUUUUGAAGAUUAAAUAGAAUCUUAGUAAGGAGAACAAUAAUAACAAAACAAUUUUUAAUAAUAAUAAUAAUAAUAAUAAGAAGAUUUCGAAGAAAAAUCUAAAUCUUAUUAAAGCACUACUACAAAAAAGUAAGAUCAAUAAUUUAUUUAAAUUGAUGAUGAUGAAGAUGAUUUGAUUGAAAUGGAAAGUGAAGAUAUGGAUAAAAGAAAAGGAAAAAAACAAAUUACUAAAAAAUAUGGUGAAGCUACUAAAACUACUACUUAUUCUUAAAAAUAAACUAUUUUAGAAGGAGAAAAAGAAAUUCCAUCUUCAUUUUCUUGUUGUUCUAGAUCUUGUUUGAUAUUUUGA